GGACUGCAGGUUUCACAACAGGCCGGAAACGAAAUGUGACACACAGAUGUGAUCACUGUGAUCCCCUGCUCUUAUUUGUCUUGAGUUUUGCACAUUUUCAAGUACAUUGUGGCUUUUUUGGAUUUUUUUUAAAGGAUAACCAGACCAUCUUUCUGCUCCAAACUUUUAAAGUGAUAUUUGCAGAGUGACAAAGACGGAUCAAAGAGAGGCGUGGAAAAUCGAGAGGUGGAAAACAGGAGCAGAGGGAGAGGGUGAGAGAGGAGAGAGGGAGAGAGAGAGAGAGAGAGAGAGAGAGAAGCAAAGGAAGAUGGAGAGCAUAUUAUCGGAUCAGUCAGCCAGUGUGGAAGAACUGGUGGAAGCCUGCAUCAAAGCGUUCGAUGAUGAAGGAGUGCUAAAGGAUGCCUCGGCAGUGCGUAUGUUCCUCAUGAUGCAUCCCUGGUACAUUUCCUCCACUGACUUUGCCAAGAAACUCCUUCUCAAGUCUCAGAAUUGCUCUGCUGGUUGCUGCUCUCAGAUUUGUCAUCUUGUCAAGUACUGGAUGAGCGAGUUCCCAGCGGAGUUUGACUUGAACCCGGAGCUAGCUGAGCAGAUCCGCUGUCUGAAAGAGCUGCUUGAGCAGAAUGGUGAUGUGAGGCGUAGUCUACUCAUAGACAUAGACAGUGUUCCAUCAUACGAGUGGAAGCGGCAGCUGACCUCGAGUAUUCAGAAGAAGAGUAAGACCUCCCUGCUCUUUGACCACUUGGACUCCUCGACCCUGGCUGAACACCUGACCUAUAUGGAGUACAAAUCCUUCUGCAAGAUCCUGUUCCAGGACUACCACAGCUUUGUGAUGCAGGGCUGCACUGUAGAUAAUCCCAUCCUGGAGCGCUUCAUCACCCUCUUCAACAGGGUGUCACAGUGGAUCCAAAUGAUGGUGCUCAGUAAACCUACAGCUCAGCAGAGAGCCACAGUCAUCGGCGACUUCAUUAAAGUGGCCCAGCGGUUGCUGGAGCUACAGAACUUUAACACCCUGAUGGCAGUGGUAGGGGGUCUGAGUAACAGUUCCAUCUCCAGACUAAAAGACACUCAGGCUCUUAUUAGUAGUGAUGCUCGAAAGCUGUUUGAGGGACUUUUGGAGUUGAUCACGUCCAGCGGGAACUACAGCCGCUAUCGACAGCGCUUUUCAGAGUGCUCCGGCUUCCGUUUCCCCAUCCUGGGUGUGCACCUGAAAGACUUGAUUGCUGUUCAUGUGGCCCUUCCAGACUGGGUGGAUCCGGAGAAAACCCGAGUCAACCUUACCAAGACACAGCAACUCUACGCCAUCCUGCAGGAGCUGGCACUGAUCCAGGCCACUCCACCUAAAAUAGAUGCCAAUCCUGAUCUCCUCAACCUGCUCAUUGUGUCUCUGGACCAGUUCAACACAGAGGAAGAGAUCUAUCAGCUUUCACUGCAGAGAGAACCACGCAGCCUGAAAUUAUCAGCGUCCAGCUCAAAGCCGCAAUCUCCUUUAAUAGAGGAGUGGGCGUCUUCAAUCAAACCCAAGGCUGAUCCAGUGAUCAUCAACAAACACAUAGAGAAGAUGGUUGAGUCCGUAUUUAAAAACUUUGACACGGAUGGGGAUGGCUGCAUCACUCAAGAAGAGUUUGAAAGCAUCAGGAACAACUUUCCUUACCUCAGCAAGUUUGAUGACCUUGACCAAAACCAGGAUGGCAGAAUUAGCCGACAGGAGAUGAUUGACUAUUUCGCCAAGGCCAACUCUAUACUAAACUGUAAGAUGGGUUUUGUGCACACAUUCACUGCCACGAACUGCUUCAAGCCUACAGUCUGCCAGCACUGCUCAGGCAUUAUGUGGGGAUUUUACAAGCAAAGAUACAAAUGCAAAGUGUGUGGUGUUAGCUGUCAUAAGGACUGCUGUGCUCGUUUGGCUGUUGAGUGUCGAAAACGGACAAAAAGUGUCAGCUUUGACAGCAACAUUCCACGCAUCAGCCGCUCUUUCAGCUUGCCUCCCUCUACUAGACAAAACUCCAAACCUAAGUGUGCAGGAACACACUGUGCCUGUAAAGCUGUGGAACCCCGUCAUAUGACCCAGUCAUGGAUCACCACAACAUCCCAAAACCGUGUGUCUUUGAAUAUGGUCCAUAGUGAAUACUGCCCCUGACCUACACCUCACUGACCACUUUAAGAUCUUCAACUGUCCAGUUUCAGUGCCCACUAAAGCCUCAGAUUCCAGUUCAAACUGAUAGGAGUGGAACCCGAGUGGAGUGGGCUUCUGUUGCUGCCUCGAGGUUUGGUGUGUUCUGCAUUCUGAGAUGCUUUUCUGCUCACCACAGCUGUACAGAGUGGAUAUUUAAGUUACUUUCAGCACUUACUUUCAGCAAGAGCCAGUCUAGCCAUUCUCUUCUGACACAGAAAAUCAACAAGGUGUUUCUACCUGCAGAACUGCUGCUUCCUGGAUGUUUUUUUUUUAAAUUAGUAUUAUUUCUAUCUAAACUCUAGAGACUAUUGUGCGUGAAAAUGCCAUCAGAUUUCUGAAACCCCAACUAUGAGAUCAUAUUGCUUCCCCAUUCUGAUAAAGCCUUGACCUGUAUCUGCAUGAUUUUAUGCAUUGCACUUCUGCCACAUGAUUGAUUGAUUGAUUGAUUGAUUGAUUGAUUGAUUGAUUGAUUGAUUGAUUGAUUGCAUGAAUGAGUAUGUGUACAGGUGUUCCUUUUAAAGUGGCCAGUGAGUGUACAAGUUAAAAAAGAAAAUAAUAAUACAAUUGGCAAGUAUUUAAUUUUUACUGCAUCGAUAUUAUUUGUGAUGACAUGAAAUGUUUUCUUUGUGAGCUUAACUGAACAGCAGUCUGUUGUAAUUUUUUCUUAAAACAAUCAUUUUUACUGAUUUGUUGUUGUUGUUGUUGUUGUUGUUUUUUACAAAUUAAAUUCUGACUCUGAAUAAAUCAACGAAGCCCUAUGUUAUUCCAUUAAAAUAUUAUUGAAUCUGAAUUUACAGCCACAAGGUCAGAUGAAUGAUAUUUCCUCCGGGUAUAAUGGCCCUCAGUUUGAUAUUCCUGUCUCCUCCUGUGUUAUGAGGGCCAGUAGGGGGCACUGUUGACACAGCUGGAUUUGUAUGUCCUCUAUGUCCCUGUACAUACAUUUGUGUGAUCUUAACGUCCAUGUAAAUUACUUCAAAUGUCUCAGGGAAUUUACAAGUGUUAUCAUUAAAGGUUUGUUCUUUUUUUUUU